GGUUAUACCGCGGGCCCUCUGCUUCUCUACACCAGUGUCCUGGAGCUGGGGGCGGGGAGAUUAAAGCAAAGUCCCAGACUACACACCUAGUGCCUUCGUUAGUGCGGAAGAGUUUAUGUUUUUUUGUUUACCGCAUACGGAAAAAUGAGACUUAGGUCUCAAAAAACAAUUAGCCCCUGCCCGGAGAUGUCGCCUAGCAACCGACGACGAUCCAAGCAAAGGACGCCGAGACGACCUCGUCCGUUGGAUCCUGUGGUGGAGAGCCCGCCGCUAAAAACCAGGAGUGAAGAGGCGGCAGGUGCUGAGUCAGAUGAUGAAGUCCCCACAAUGACGAGGCGACCGCUGCCCCGAGGUCGGCUGAGGAAGAGGGCCAUCGCCGUUGACGACCGUGAAAUGGAUUUGGCCUUCAAGACUCCAAUCAGGUCCAUUAUGCGACAUGAGCGCAUACUGACGGAGAUCGACCCGGCGUCUCCUCGCAACUCAACGGCCAGGAACAUCUACUCGCCCAUCGUGCGAUUCCUCACACCCAGCAAAGAGAAUUUCAAGCGUUCAAGGACUGGGAGCGUGGUGAUGAGCCCAGAACAAGGUGUGUUCGGUUAUGGCUCCAUUGACCUUCUGGCUGGAGACGAGGAUGACGACAUCUUCAAUCCAUUUACCUUCAUCAAGAACAUACCAUCCCAGUCUCAGCAUUCCCAGCCCCGUCUCAGAGACAUUCCCCCCAAGACCAGGAGCACUCCAGAGGCCACGCUGGUGGUCGACCUGGAGGAGACUCUGAUGUACAGCUCUCUGAAUGUGAUCGAGGAAGCAGAAUAUACCUUCCACACAUCUUUCCAGGACCAUCAGUACAAGGUGUACAUGAUUCUACGACCACACGUGAAGGAGUUUCUUCAGGCCAUGUCGAAAAACUACGAGCUGUUUGUUUACACGUGUGCAAAGAAGGAAUACGCAGAGAAGAUACUGGACAUUCUCGACCCGCAGAAAAAACUCUUUCGACAUCGCCUGUAUCAGGACGACUGUGCCUGCGUCCUCGGCCACUACAUCAAAGAUCUCAGCCUCCUCGGGAGGGACUUGUCCAAGACGGUGGUUCUGGACAACGCGCCCCACACGUAUCCGUACCAUCUGAUGAACACAAUUCCCAUAAAGAGCUGGUCCGGCGAGUUGGAGGACAGAGAGCUGCAGAAGCUCAUCCCCUACAUGGAGAAACUGUCUACAGCUGAGGAUUUUCAGGAGGUGCUGAAGAAGAGGAAGGAUCACUUCCACCGGCUGCUUUCCGAGGACUGACGCGGCUCCGCUCCCUCACCGCUUCCCUCCGACGAACAAACCGCCCACUCUGACGACUUAACGUGACUUUCACAGCUCGUGUUUGCUUUCUUCUUGCUUUGGCUUAAAAAGCAGAAUCCAGUCGACUAACCCGCGGAGCGCUGGUUCGUGGUGGACCUGCUCGGCCUCCUCCGUCCUGCCUGACGACUUUAAAGGGCGGCAGAUCGGUAUUUGAAACAUGCUGCUGGUCGUUCAUCACAAUCCAACCCCCCCACUCACCCCCCUUUUCAUUCCACAGGCCACGAACUGCUAACCAGUCUGUAUAUAUUUACAAGACAAUACUUGAACUAUGUUGUUUAUAGUCAUAACUUUUUAUUUAUUGAUUCUAAUGCUGAUCAGCAACAGCUAUUAUCUCUGUAUAUUUUGCUUUUUUUAUGGAAUAAAAAUGAGCAGAUAAUAAAUGCAUAAAUCUGCA